ACAAGUGUUCGAAUUUUUUGUCUGUCCAACCGGUUUGAUAAAUUUUAUUUCUAUUUCUUCCUUUAUUCAUACCUUCCAAUUUACUUUAAAAUUUUUUUUUAAAUUACAAUUUAAUUUUCACAUACGUAUCACAGCUUGAACUGAAUAUCAUUUUAGAUAGCAGCAUCGAAAUUCACGAUAAAGCGGUGCCAUAUUCUCCUUUAAUUCUAAGUAUAUACCUUCAAUCCUAUACGAACCGUGUUGUGCAAGAUUGCAGCAAGAUGGAAAGCAAAACAUAACCUACAGAUAAAAUACGUUUUUAUUCGGCCGGCCUUUUUGUAUUUUUUGAAAGAAACGAUAAAUUAGUUGAUUCGAAAAAAUGAGUUAUUAUCCGGCAGAUGUUCCACAAGGGUCUCCGCAAGAACGCUAUCAAUCACAGGUGGAUAAUAGUUUUGUACCUAUGUUGUGAAAAUUGUUUUUUGCACAUUAUUUGUUUACCGCUUAUUUGUGUAACUGUAAUAUAAAUAAAAAUCCAACUCACGAGUAUUCUGACCCAGAGACUUGCAUACAAAUCAAUUUUGAAAAUUGCCUUUUAAACUGACUCCAGAAGAACAAAGAAUAUUAAAAGAAUGCUCAAAAGAGGGAAUCUUUCAAAGAGCUAUUCCUAUGGGAGUUGCAUUUGGACUUGGCGGUUUGAUGGUAGCAAGAGCAGGACCACUCAUGUCCAAGAGAUAUGGAGUUAAACCUGCGGUGAUUGGAUUUGGCAUCUUGGGGUAUAUGAUUGGUAGAUUUUCAUACAGUAAAAUCUGCAUUCGCAGAUGCUUAGAAGUGCCAGAUGGAAAUUUGAAAAAACUACUGCCACAUUUGCAACAACAAGGAGGGUACAUAGAUCCCACACCUGAUGCUUUCUAUUUACCCGUUGAAGUACCAAAGAAUCAAGAUCCAGUUAGACAAGCACAAAGUCAAAAUUCAGAUAUAGAUAUCCCUACAAUGAGCAAUUGGGAUACUAUUCCUUCUGAAUACUAUGAAAAAAAUGCAGAGAAACCUCAAGAUGAUAUGGCAGUCACGAACUAUACGUCAUAUGAUGACUUAAGGAAACAAAAUAGAAUAGAAUAUUCACAAAAAUACUAUGGAGAUAUGACCUCAAAUCAGAGCAGAUACCCUAAUCAACCACAAGAUGGGCCAGUAGUAAGGAGACCGACUCCACAAGAAAUGCAACCUACGUCGCCCUUGGGAACUAUUGGAGGACGACAAACAAAGUAUGGAGAUAUAUGGGAUGCAUAAGGAUUUCGUGAGUGGAUGCUUGUUAGUUGAAAAAUCAACAUAGAAAUCUGUUAUUGUAAAAUAAAUAAUUUUUGAUUUGUAAAUCUUCACAGAUUUUUAUACACUUAUAUAAGUUGAAACUGUUUAAUAAAAUUUUAUUUUAUUCGCAAUGAUUCGCCUAUCGAUUGCUUAAAUAAUAAAGUCUAUAUCACUGUAAGACUUUGACAGCACGAUUUUUUACAUUAAUCAUAGACUAUAAUCAUAAGAAAUAAAGUACAAAAGUGUAA